UUUCAAAGCAUUUAAUAAAUUGUUUUGAAAAUAGCGUUCAAUUGAAGAUCCGAUGAAUGUAUGGAUUAAGCGAUGAAUUGCUUAACACAUAGACUCCAGACAAUGCAAUGGUUGUCGCGUAUGAUGUCGUGCAGCGGUUCCCAAGCGGGCGUCCAGUCAUUGGUCCGCCACUACGGCGCCAACCGGUCGUCCAUCUGCAAGAUCUCGCGCACCAAAUACUGUCGUCUCUAUAAGGUGUUGAUGGUAUACCCCGACGGCUCCACCAUCACCUUCAGACACCCCGAACCACAAUCCAUAGUCCAGUUGCCCGCACUUCUCGAGGACUGCAAGACUGAGGCCGACAGACGGCUAUGGCUUUCGCGACGCAAACGCGUGGAGACUCUGAGGACCGAAGACGAGAUUGAGUUG